AUGAGUAUGACGUCAAGAGAGCAUACAUCUUUAUCGUCAUCUGCUAGUGACAAAUCAAUGUCAAAUGAUCACGGUGAAAAUUUCGAUGAAGAAACUUUAUCUUCGACCAUGAAUAAUCAAACUAUUAAAUUUCGUUUUUCAGUUGUUCGUACACACUAUCCAAAUAUAACAGUAAUCGGAGAAAAUCAUCCACCAUCGCCGUUAAAAUCAUUAUUUGCACGAAUUUUAUUAAUUAUUAAACUGACUUUAAUCACUUGUAUUGCUUUGGAUCAAAAUAUCUUUGCUUUUAUAAAUAUAUCAACACCAAGAGCUUAUCUAUGGGCAUUACAAAACAAAAUCCAUGCAUGUAUAGUGAUCUUCUUUCUUUCGAAUUUCGUUGAAUCAACACUCAAGUCAACAGGUGCAUUUGAAAUAUCGAUUGAUAAUGUGCAAUUAUGGUCAAAACUUGAAACUGGGCGUUUACCAUCAAAUGAUGAAUUUCUUCAAGUACUACAAACAUAUACUAAUUCCAAAUAA